UUUUGGGAAGUGUUGGGAAGUCCGCAGCAGGCCGGACAACCUUCGUCGUUUUUUUUUUUACUUUUCAUCAAUGGCGAACGGGAGAAACGCCCGAUAUCGCUUUUAAAUAAAGCCGUUUUAUGCUCGGCACUGAUUCUGAAUCGUUGAACGAGUACCUCUGCCUGAUGGAACCGACGUCGACGUACGCAGACUUGGGGAGGAACGCCGCGCCCGUCAAGUUUGAUCCGCCGCGGCUGAGCCGGAAACGUCGCGAUGUCGUUGACGGCCACUCUCAGCAGCCGACAGGUGACGAAGAAGUGGAAGUGGCCUUCUCUGGUGGAGCUGUUGGCCGCGAGGGGCAAGAUGCGGGUGGCACUGCAAUGGCGACUGGUCGGGGCCGGGCCCCAUCGUGGGGUGGCGAGGGUGGGGACGAGGAAGAGGAGGAGGAGCUGAAGUACGGUGCCAAGCACGUCAUCAAGCUGUUCGUGCCGGUGUCGCUCUGCAUGCUCGUCGUGGUGGCCACCAUCAGCUCCAUCAACUUCUAUCGGCACACCAACACCUACCUGGUGUACACGCCAUUCACCGACCAGACAGUGGACACGGGCACCAAAGUUUGGCAGUCCUUUGCCAAUGCAUUCAUCCUGAUGGGUGUCAUUGUGGUCAUGACCAUCCUGCUCAUUGUCCUGUACAAGUUCCGCUGCUACAAGGUCAUUCACGGCUGGCUCAUCCUUUCCUCACUGCUGUUGGUCUUCCUCUUCGCGUACAUCUUUUUGGGGGAGGUGCUGCGGGCAUACAAUGUGCCCAUGGACUACCCAACGGUGGUGUUUGCCAUGUGGAACUUCGGCGUGGUUGGCAUGAUCUCCAUCCACUGGAAGGGGCCCCUGCUUCUUCAGCAGGCCUACCUCAUCCUCGUGUCAGCACUCAUGGCACUCGUUUUCAUCAAGUACCUUCCCGACUGGACUGCCUGGGUCGUCCUCGGGGUCAUCUCUGUCUGGGACUUGAUCGCGGUCCUGUGCCCCAAGGGACCACUGCGGAUUCUCGUUGAGACGGCGCAGGAGCGUAAUGAGCCAAUCUUCCCUGCUCUCAUCUACUCCUCUGCUAUGGCGUGGUGUGUGGUGACAAUGGCUGACCGGGAUCCCUUCUACACUAACCAAAACCAGCCAGGUGCACAGAGCGACGUCUCGUCAGCGUCGACCAACAGCCCCGGCCAGCUAGCAGAGGGCGGGGACGCGGAUCCCCCCGUGGAGGUCGAGCAGCCCCGGAUGCGAGGAGAGCGGACGCGGCGGCGCUCGCAGCGUGGCAGCACAGUCGUCAACAGCGGCACGCUCGCGAGCGCCACCGACAAUGCUGGCGACCUCCCCCACCAGGAAGAAGAAGAGAGGGGAGUCAAGCUAGGCCUGGGCGACUUCAUCUUUUACAGCGUCUUGGUGGGGAAGGCGUCGUCCUAUGGUGACUGGAACACGACCGUCGCCUGCUUUGUGGCCAUCCUCAUUGGCCUGUGCCUAACCUUGCUCCUGCUGGCCAUAUUCAAGAAGGCACUUCCGGCCCUGCCAAUCUCGAUCACCUUCGGCCUCAUCUUCUACUUUGCGACGUCGUCGCUCGUCCAGCCGUUUGCCGACAGCCUGGCGAGCGAGCAAGUCUUUAUAUGAUGGAUCUCCACCACGAAAGGACGCUGCACGGGGGAGUUGCAGCGAUAAGUCAUCUUGCACUGCAAUAACCAAGCAGUGGCAGCGUGCUUUGCCCGCCCGUAUAAAAACGCUAAUCGAGUCACAUGCUGCAACAUCUUGGUUGUCUUCAGUUGUUGAGAACACGGCACCCUUUGAACUAUUGAGUCGACAGCAUGCUGUGAUGCGGUGUGUCGUGUGAACGGCCGCCAUGCUCCAGAAGAAUGUACAGACUGGGCCGCCAACUACUUCCGUCGUUCCUGGACUUCCAAAGUGGUUUUUCCUUUGUGUUUACCCCGACCCCACCCCCCCUAGAUGCUGCUUUUAAUGAAGUGACGCUUAUUUAUAUGAUUCUUCGCAUGCUUCUGUGUGACACGCCACAGUUCACUUUGUUGGAAGUACUGCUAGCUCAGUGUGGUGGGUACAGUUGACUUCCGUUAAUUUUACUCUGACAGGACCGACGAAAUUGGUUGAAUCAUCCCAGGGGCAAAUUAAACAAGAGGCAGAAAAAAAGCACUGAAACACACUUGUGAUUGAUUUGACAGUGUUUGCCCGAUUCUGACACGUUUCCGAAUUGAAUGCACAAUCACUUUAUAUGGGUUGAAAGUGAAAAACUAAAAUAAAAAUGACAUUACAGCUCCUAAUAAAACACAGAAACUGAAUGUGCACCCAAUGUUCUAGCAAAGAAAAAAGGAAAUGCAGCAUGCCUCCGAUAUUGGCAAAAAGGAAAAUGCGUGACUAGCGAACUUCACCUUCACAAAAUGGAACUUUAUUUGGUUAAUGCCCAUUGUCAUCACUCUCAGACUGUUUUAUCACUGUCUAUGAAGAAACACAUGUCGUCCUAUGUACGGUCCAUAGCACGUUUGAUACUUGGCAUUCAUGAAAAGACUUCACAACAAUAGCAAACGGAAUACAGGCCCUCACCUAGACUAACCGCUUCACUAGUUCGUCCUGCGACGCACGCAAUUCUCCAGAACACCAAGAACAUGUGACGGGACUUGUUGUUAACGUGCAAAAUAAGCUGUCGUUUUAUGCGUUUUCAUAAUCAGACUUAAAGCAAAACAUCUUCAUCGUAAUGCUAUGCGCAAACUCGUUCUGUUGCUAUCCGAGGUCGCCAUCCUGUGAUGGCAGUGCCAGUGCCAAUCACACUGGCUAGACUGGCUUUGACGGUAGGCUGUUUCGAAUGCAGUUUUGUUUUCGUAUGAGAUUGCACAACCCAAGUAAUUUUCACAUUUUCCUAUAAAAAGAAAUGUGCGUUGGAAUACAGUGACAUUCAUUGUGAGCUACUGUUUUUGCUUUAAUAUGUUUCUGGGGUGAGCGGAAUAUUGCCGUUUUUGACAGGAGAUGGUGUUUGUUCGACCCAUUCACUGCACCCCAAGUACUGCUGAGAUGGACUCUGUCGCUAUUGGAGUCACCACUGCGGUCACCACUGGGGCCAGGCACAUGUGUGAUGACCAGCCAGGCUCGAAUUGUCUGCCGAAGACUGAUUUCAGGGUCGAAGCAACAAAAGGCUCCAGCCGCGACCUUCGGUCGGGAUCGAAUUAACCGAAAUAUGAAAUUAACCAGAGUUGAAUUAGCAGAAGUCUACUGUAUUACUGAAUAUGUCUCAUCAUCAGAGAUGCCCCAAAAUAAACUUUCUAUGUUGCCCGUCA